UUUACUCUCUUCUUUGCUUUUGUUUGAUUAUAUAUAUAUUUUUUUGUUUGGAAACUUGGUUGGUGACAGAGAGUUUGAGGCAGAGGAUGAAUAUGAAGAAGCUUUUGUUGGUUGUUGUUGCAAUAUUAGUUGUUUUUGGGAAAUGGGCUGAUGGGUUUGUGGAGUAUGGUCUCAAUGAAACAGAGAUGUCCUUGAUAGAAAGUUAUGGAGUCUCCAAUGCCAUUCCUAACGCUUUGAUGGUUGGACUUACCCUCAUUUAUGGAGCUAAUGCGAAAGGAGCUGUCUGCUUGGAUGGAACCUUGCCGGGUUACCAUUGGCACCGUGGACAUGGAUCUGGAGCAAAUAAUUGGCUCAUUCAGUUGGAGGGUGGUGGCUGGUGUAAUAGCGUUAGAAACUGCGUAUACCGCAAAACAACAAGGCGGGGAUCAUCAGCAUACAUGGAAAAGCAGAUACCAUUUACAGGAAUCCUCAGUGAUAAAGCUGAAGAAAAUCCUGAUUUUUUUAACUGGAAUAGAAUAAAACUCCGUUACUGCGACGGUGCAUCAUUCACAGGGGACAGUGAACAUAAGGCUGCAAACUUGCAAUUUAGAGGAGAGCGCAUAUUUUGGGCCGGAAUGGAGGACUUAAUGUCAAAGGGAAUGCGGUAUGCUCAUCAGGCUCUUCUAUCCGGAUGCUCUGCUGGAGGUUUAGCAGCUAUUUUACACUGCGACGACUUCCGUAGUUUGUUCCCAAGAACCACCAAAGUGAAGUGCCUGAGUGACGCUGGUUUGUUUCUUGAUGCGCCUGAUGUUUCUGGUGGAAGAACACUAAGAAAUAUGUACACUGGUGUGGUGGGCUUGCAGGGCGUGAAAAAGAAUCUUCCGCGCAUUUGCACUAACCAUCUCGAUCCAACUUCGUGUUUUUUCCCUCAGAAUUUAAUCAACAGCGUUAGGACCCCUCUAUUUAUUCUCAAUGCAGCCUACGAUUCCUGGCAGAUCCAAUCUAGUUUAGCACCGCCAUCAGCAGAUCCCCAUGGCUACUGGCAUGAUUGCAGAUUAAACCAUGCAAAGUGCAAUCCAUCACAACUUCUAUUUCUCCAAGGAUUUAGGAAUCAAAUGCUGAAUGUGAUCAGACAAUUCGCAACGUCUCAUCAAAACGGGUUAUUCAUAAAUUCAUGUUUUGCUCACUGCCAAACUGAGAGGCAGGAUACAUGGUUUGCUGACAACUCCCCUGUUCUCCAUAACAAGCCGAUCGCGCUAGCCGUCGGAGAUUGGUACUUUGACCGAGCAGCCGUUAAGGCCAUUGAUUGUCCCUACCCUUGUGACAACACUUGCCACCAUCUGGUUUUCCGAUGAGCCAAGCUAGGUACUUCCAUAAGCAUGCAUAUAUAUCAAUUGGUGUAUUCUCAAUACCAGAAUUUUAGCUAGUUGAGUAAUAUCUUACAAUUUGUAUUUCUUUUCAAUACUGGAAAGAGCUUAACAAUUCAAAUUGAAACAUCAAACAGAAGGAAAAUAAAAAAAAAACAAAAACAAAUAAGAAUAUUAUUUAGAGGCCACUGAGAAGUGCACAAGUAUGCUCUCAGUGAAAA